AGCGCCGCUAAGAUUUUCCCACAUCUCUCGUCCACGCCUCUUCCGCCUUCUCACAAACUACACCAUCACAAACGAGGGUGAUUUGUUGCUGUUGGUUGCGAGAUAGUUACUCUUUGUCAGCGACCCAUCACAGAGGACCAAUUGCCUCUUCUUUCUCCCAGCACCUGCACAAUGGCUUCGCUCCGAGCUUGGAGCAAGCCGCUCCGCCAUGCGGCCUCUAUCCAGGGCGCCGCUCGAUACAACUCAUCCAGCAGCUCGACAUCGGCCAUUGCCUACAAGGCUCUUCGACGCCGCUCUGCUCCUCUGCCGCUGAGCCAGGCCACGCCCGCAUGGUCUGCCCAGGCUGCCGUCUCCAACAUUCUCUACGAGACGCCUACUCCGUCCAUGACUCCCCCCAAGCGCCACAUCCUCAACUGUCUUGUCCAGAACGAGCCUGGUGUCUUGUCCCGUCUGUCUGGUAUUCUUGCCGCCCGCGGCUUCAACAUUGACUCGCUCGUUGUCUGCAACACCGAGGUCCAGGACUUGUCUCGCAUGACCAUUGUCUUGACUGGCCAGGACGGCGUUGUCGAGCAGGCUAGACGACAGCUGGAGGAUCUUGUCCCCGUUUGGGCCGUCCUUGACUACAGCAAUGCUGCCCUUGUUCAGCGCGAGCUUCUGCUUGCUAAGGUCAACAUUCUUGGCCCCGAAUACUUUGAGGAGCUCCUCACCCACCACCGCGAAAUGACGGCUGGCGAGCCCGAGGACCCGGAGCAGCUCCAGCUCAGCCUUGAAGAAUCCGCUCAAGACUUCCACCCUAGCAAGUUGGCUGCUAGUGAAGCUCUUCGCCACAAGCACGAGCAUCUCAAGACUAUUACUUACUUGACGCACCAGUUUGGCGGCAAGGUUCUCGAUAUCAGCACCGUCAGCUGCAUUGUUGAACUGUCUGCGAAGCCCUCCCGAGUCGAUUCCUUCAUGAAGCUCAUCAACCCCUUUGGUAUCCUCGAAUCUGCCCGCACCGGUCUGAUGGCUCUGCCUCGCUCUAUCCUCCCCAACACCACCGAGGAGCCUCUUAUCAAGGAGGCCGAUGAGAUUGUCGAUGCCUCCCAGCUCCCCCCUGGUUAAAGGCAUUGCGGGAUAUUGGCAGUGAAAGAGCUUUAUCAAGAAGCUAAUUUGGCGUAUGGCGAGAUGAAUUCUUGAAUUUGUUCAAGUAGGCUUUCAAAUUUUUUGAAUUAAUAUUUUUCUACAUGGUGAAACCAUUCCUCGGAGUAGUAUCCAUUCUUUUGUAUCACAAGUUUUUGCUUUCAAAUACAUCCCCAUCCAAUGCAUCAUCGUUGCAACGCUUACCACUUGGAAACGUCAAAUUCUCCCUUGUUUACCACGAAGCCCUCCAGGACGGCAAGGGCUGCCCAAAGUCUGUUUUCAGCCUCAGGGAAGACUAGAGACCUAGGCCCGUAAAAGACCUCAUCAGACACCUCUUCUUGGUGGCGGGGGAGACAGUGCAUAAAUUUCCAGUCCUCCUUGGCGCCGCCACGUUUAGCCAGCUCGUUGGUGACCUGGUAUCCUGCAAAAGCAUCCAGUCGCUUCUUCUUUUCGCUCUCCUGUCCCAUGGAAAUCCAAGUGUCAGUAACGAUAAUGUCAGCGCCCUUGACAGCCUCUUCAGGAACUGUUGUCUCAAACAGAUGGCCUCGUCCCUCGACUCCGUCGCCAGCCUUGACAAUUCGCUGUCUCAUGUAGUCGGGAAUGCCAUAGCCCUGGGGAGAUGCAACUGUGAUGUCGACACCCAUCAUCAUGCAGGCAGUGGCGAGGUCAAAGAGGACAUUGUUUGAGUCACCGACCCAGGCCACCUUGAGGCCACGGAGACCAAGUCCGCUGGCGGAGCUGGUGUAUGACGAUUCGGCGUAUGCGAGCGACUGGU